CCUAGCGCCUGCAGCCGGGAUCGCUGCUGCUGCCGAGCGAUCCUCAUCCCGCAACUCUGCGAUUCAGCUCCAGCCAACGCGCCCCCGGCUGUGGUGGGGCGGCAAGCAGGCUGGGAUGGGGGCAGGGCAGCUCCGCCAAGCCCGUUGGAGGGCCUGACGAGCCAAGCCCCGCUUCUUUGCCCGCCAUCAGUGGCAGCAGAGGGACCCCCGCGAGCCUUGGCGCUGCUGCCAGCAGCUCCGCCCCGCUGCAGACAAUGCGGAGACUCGAGCCGCCCAGCCACCGCGGGCCCGGGAGCAGGAGCCUCCAGGGAGGGAGCGGGCAGGCCCCGCCGCUUGCCCGCGUUCCGCGCCCCAGCGUUCCAAAGAAGGGAAUCCCCUCCAGUCACAGAGCCGGGCGGCCAAUCAGCUGCCAGAGCAGGGGAUUCCCGCUUUGCCUGCCGCGCGUGCGGUCUGUUUAAAUGGCACGCCGGUCCCUCUGGGAGAUCUCAUCAGGGACAGGCAGGGUGAGAGUGGGGAGGUGGGGAGCGUAGCGGGGAGGAGCUGGGGAGACAAGGGGUGGACAAGGGAUAAGGGGGCUCCUAGAGGGCAGAGUGUAGGGCAGGCAGAAGGCGCAGGAGAGCUAAGAGGCUCAUAGGGAAUAUAAAUAAGAAGGGUGGCUGUUAGGGGCAUCUAGCCCAUCACUGUCUCCUUGAAGAGAGGCAAAAAGACAGAUUGGCUCAGGACACUGGUGUCUCAAAAGUGAGUGGUGUUCAUUUGCCUGGGUGCACAUAAGUUAAUAUAGCUACAUUAUAAAUAAGUACUUUUUAAGGUAGAUAAUCGCAGCAGGAGUUUAUCUUCAGAGAUGGAGUGGAAAUUAGAAAGAUCUGCUUCUAGGAAGGUCAAGACAGAUGAAGACAUGUUGUGGGAGAAAGUAAUGAAAACACUUGGGAAAGACCUUAAGCAGAUGAGAAAACAAAGUUUACAGAAGUUCACUAAGAUGCCCGAUUCAGGAAAGCCCACCUAUUCAAGAUUUAAAAGUUGCAUUGUGAAGAAACUGACGUGCAGUGUCCCUGUUGCUAGUAGCCCUAUCGUCACAAGAUGGCAGCAGACACACGCAAGAAAUCAUGCCGAGCAAACUUUCACAGAGUGUCAGCCUAUUAAUCUCUUUCCAGCUGAUGGAUCUGAGCUAGUAAGGACUCCUGAGAAGAUCUCAACAAUCCCAGUAUCCUUUCAGGUGCCUAUCAAAAAUUCUACCAACGAACCUUAUAUCAUUACUAAUGCCACAGCGAGGCGUCAUGAGACGACUUACUUACAAGGAAGAAAUAAAAGGAGAGCUGAAAUUGCAAAGAAGAGGAAAUGUCUUACCCAGCGGUUAAUGUUCCAAGAGGGUGGAUUCGACAUCCCAGAAAAUGACAGUAUAAAGAUCUGUGGAAACACUGAGUGUAUUUGGAAAGGCUGCCAGAAUGGAAUGCAUAAUGAAUUUACUGCUCACAGAGUUUCCACUAAUACCGAAUCUUUCUUACCAUUGGAGCCAGAGGUCAGGCUUCAUAUUAGUGGCUUACGCAAUGAUUACUCAAUCAUGAACAUCUGGAAUCAUUAUAUACUUAGCAGUGGUUCAAGACUCGGAUUAAUUCAUCAUCAUGAUGUUCGGAUUUCUCAGCACCAUGUAGGGACCCUUUGCCAUAACAAGCAGAGCAUUUGCAGCCUGAAAUGGUCCACAAACAACAAGCUGCUGGCAAGUGGGUCCAGUGAUGGUCUAUUGAAUAUCUGGCCUAAUGACCCCGGUGCGACAGUGCAUUGCAAGCCAUUGAAAGCCAUACCCCAUGCCUCAGCAGUAAAGGCUAUGAACUGGUGUCCAUGGCAGUCAGAAAUCCUUGCGACAGGAGGUGGAAUGAAGGAUGGAUUUUUACGUAUCUGGGACGUAAGCACUGGGAAAAUCAUCGAAACUACAGACACAAAAUCUCAGAUUUGCUCCCUGUUCUGGUUACCCAAAACCAAUGAAUUAAUGACCGGACAAGGUCUCCCUAAAAAUCAGAUGAAAAUAUGGAAGUAUCCCACACUUACAAAUUCAACUGAUCUCUAUGGUCAUAAAGGAAGAGUCUUGCACAUAGCACUGAGCCCAGAUCAUAGCAGGAUCUUUUCUCUUGCAGCUGAUGGAAUGGCUUGUGUGUGGAAAUACUGCUAAUCUGGUGAAAGCAAGCACAGAAGCAAGGACUUUCAGGAGGAUUAUUCUAGUUAGUUGUGGCAACUUUUUUCCAUUGACUUUUGAAAGUGAGCCGUUAAAGGUUUUUGGCAAUGACAGUAAUACAAUGACAGUAAUGACAGUAAUCCAACAAAUCUUUCCAAAUAAUAAAUUCUUUCCAAAUGAAACGUGGAAUAAAGAUAACACCUUAGUUCAUUAUCACAUGGAACGCGCUUGAGCCUGCACUGUCUGUGCUUUAGAUGAAAAACAUUCUAACUCUGAUUAAUAAUAUCACAUUUGUUUUCCUUAAACCAAUAACCAUGGAUGGCAUUCACACAUGCACCGAGCACGAGGAUUAUGCACCAAUUAAGUCUCACUUAAUGCCUGUUUUGAGCCAUAGGCCUAAUGAAAAGUUCUACAUUGUCCGAUUCUCAGGAGUACAGUCCCUUAGGGCAUGUAUACACAGCCUACAGAAGCAAGCCUCCCAGCCUGGGUUGACAGAUUUGGGUUAGCAGGGUUUGUGCUAGCACAAUAAAAAUAGCUGUGUAAACAGUACUUCGAAGUUGGAGCUCAGAUUCUGAAACCCAGGGAGGCUUUUAUUAAACCCCACCCCUCUGUAUUUCAAAAAGUUUUUAACAUCUAAAAUAAUAAAUGCAUACUAAUCAUAAUUAUAUGGUCUUUUUGUAACUUGCUAGUCAGUUACUUGUCUAUGUCUAUGCAAGGUGCUGGAGAAAAUUCUGAAAGAGAAACUAGUUGAGGACCUUGAGGCUAAUGGCAAGUGCGAUAAUUUACAACAUGGUUUUACGAAGG